AUGGCUGCCCUUGAUUGCAGUGAGUAUGAUUCUAAAGCCAUGGCAGAGAUGGGUGAGCUUCUGAAGAGCAUGGAGGCAAGGCGACCUCAACUAGAGGCGCUAACGGGCUUGCUCGUUGGGAAGAACGACGACAGUGUAGUUGUUGACUCUGAAGAGAAGGAUGAUGACAAAAAUUCCGACAACAAUGUUGAAGACGAAGAUAGUGAAACAGAGGAUUCAGCAGCUGUGGAAGUUGAACCCAAUCCCUGGAACAAGGGUAAAGGAAAGAAUGAGAAGAAAAGCAAUUCAAAGAAAGGGAAUUCAGCAGCUGAGGAAGUGGAAACCAAUCUCAGCAAAAAAGGAAAAGGAAAGAAUAAGAAUAAAAACAAGCUAAAUAAAGGGAAAGGGAGUGAGAAGAAGAGGUAG